UCAAUUUUUGUUUGGUUUCGUUUAUGGGAAAUAUCUUUUAAUUUCGGAGUCCCAGAGAAGAUUCGAUGGCAACCGUGGCUGAGUGCAACCACAGCGUCUUCGACGUGGUGACCCACCUGGCCACUCUGUUGGCCUCGGAGGAGCAGGCGCCCCGAGUGCCCACAGCUGCGUCGGUGGCCACCAGGCGCUCGAAGAUCUAUGAGUGCCUGCUCCGCAGUGGGACGAUGUCCACGCAGGACAAGCUGGAGCUGCUGCAGCAGGUGAGCAGCGAGGUGAGGCAGAAUCCCGGACAGCGGGACAGGCUGCACAGCUUCCAGAAUCUGCUGGCAGAAAGGGAUAACCAGGAGGACCAGAUAAUGGAGAAGGAUGCGGAAAACCACUUGGAAGCUGGGAUCAGACGACUAAUACCGGGCAUACUGCAGCUACACGAGUCCCUGGAACCUCUGCCCAAGGAGCCAGAGCAACCAAAGUCCCUGAAAUCCCUGGGUCAGAUGCACCGCGCCCUGAAGCCCCUUCAAUUGCAGCCCCUCUCCGGUUUGCUCCUGGCCAACCCAAUGGCGAAGCCUCCACCGGAGAAGCCUCGCUCCAGCAUCAUCCCAUCCUUGGUAACCAGCCGCGGCCUGGCGGAUUCAAUGGCUCGGAUGCGGGAGGACAGGGAGCAACCGAUGCAGCCACCUCCCCGACUGCCAGUCCCCAAAAAGACGCUCCCAGCUGCCCAGGAGGAACAGCCUUUUGUGGCCAACGCUGCACCCGAGAAGCACUUCAUUUCAGACCACCAAAUGACCAACGAACUGAAGCUUCUGCAGAACAAAAACCUAGUGCUCAACUAUCUAGAGGAAGCGACUCUAAUUGAUCAUCUGAAGAAGGCGGCAGCGGGUGUGCAGUCGGAGACAUUUCCCGCAGCGCCGAAUGAUGAGAUGCAGCUGAUAAUCCGGCCCAACACCACAUUGCGCUCGGUGCUACCGGAGGUGCUGGCGGAUUUUGCACAGCACUUUCUGCGCGCCGGCUUUGCCUUUCGGCGUUUGAGCUCCCGCACCAAAAGGAACAGGAACGCAGCGAGGCAGCUGGAAAGGCCACUCAAUCGGGCCUCGCGUGAGAUCCUGGUGGAUUUCCUAGCCUCCAAUCGACAGUUUCUGCUCGCCCUGCCCGCCAAUAGUCUCUCCCAACUGCUGGAUAGCUCCCGUCCAGUCCUUCAGCUGGUCUACCAGCUGGACAAAAUGUUCGAGAACGAGCCAAGAUUAAACCUGGACAGUGGCGUAUCGGGACCCUUCCUGAUGAGCUGCAUUUGGCAGGCCAUCGACACCUGCGGCACCAGUGACUUCCUGCAGCUGCUCAUCCACCUGCUGCGCUGCAUAUGCCAAACGUACUUCGUUCAGCUGCAGCGGUGGAUCUACCGCGGUGAACUGGACAAGACGGUCAACGAGAUUUUCAUCAGCCGGUGCCCGAACACUUCGCCCUCGCUGGCAAAUGAGUGCAGCAAGGAGUUCUUUGACAGGGGCUAUCAAGUGGUCAACGAGGCAAUUCCGGACUUUUUAUCCGGCUGCGAGCAGGAAAUCCUACAGUGUGGGAAGUACAACCAGGUGUUGAAGGCCUAUAACGAGCAGCACCCCGUCUUCGAAGUGGAGCACCCACCUAUAGUAGUCUGUCUAACGGAGCAGCAGCUCAAGGAGAUGCGUCGCAGCCUGGCCGACAAGUAUGCCGUCAUCUACCAACGCUUCGGCUGGUGCAGCAUGCAAAGCAUCUUCGAGGAGCGCAUGGCCACCAAACGGGUUUUUGCGAAUCUCAUGGUGGAACGAACGCGGGCCCAUCUGGCAGCCUGGGAGGAGGAGCAGCGCGAGCUCCAACUGAAGGCGAAUGCUCAAAAAAAACUGCUAUACGAACAGAUCAACGAGGAGCGGGAAGUUGACCAGCAAAAUCGCCUGGAGAAGCGGCGCCAGGAGAUUGUCAAUGAGAUCGUUUUUCUGCGGGAGAGCGAAAGGAUGGAGGAUAUGCGACUGGAGCGGGAAAAGCAGGUGCUGCAAAAAGAAGUGGCGCAGCUGGCAGCUGAAUUGGUUAAGAAAGACGCCCAGGAAGUUAACAGUCCCGACCAGAGCACCUAUAGCGAUCUAAGCUUUGCCUCCUGUCUCGAAGGACCGGAGGGUCGAACUGAAUCGGCGUCUGACAAGGACGAGGAGGCAGCAGGACAGUCGAUGAAGCCAGCAGAAAAUAAAUUGGAGGAUGUAGUAGGGGUUCAGUACGAACGAAGCCACUCGGAUGUGAUCAAUUCCAAUGAGCAGCCCGAAAUUCAAACCGAAUUCAAUCGUAAUCGCCAGCAUGGCAUCUCCUCUGAACAAUUCCAGGAGUGCCAGACGGAAUUGAAUUCAGUUCGACUGCCGCCCGACAUUAAUGCCAAUCUCAAUCGCCCAGAAACGCAGGAACUCAGCGAAAUGCACCGUAAUCGCCUGCGCAAUGAACACCACGAUGGCUUCAUCAGCUUCAACUCCACCGAAGAUCAGCACACGCAUCGAUUGCGCUGCCUGGUUAAUUCAAAUACGGAACGCUCCCAAAAUCGGCGAAGGGUUAUGCACAGCGAGUUUGAGAUUGGCCAAGGGGACAAGAAGACGUUGCCUUGCCUGCCUCUAGAGCUCAACAAACUGCACGUUGAAGUACCUUUGGCUGCGUUAACGCCCAUGUCGACCACCUCCGAUGUGGAAAUCGGUGGGCUGUCACCCAGGGAAUUAACUGAUAUGGCGGAAAUACAGAAUAACGAUGCUGCUAAUAACAACAAUCUUAGUCAAAGCUUUUAUCCAGAGUCACCAAAUCCCGAACUUGUAAUUGCCAAACCAACUAGUAAACUAUCGGAGUUCUUCAGACCAACUUUCGGCCUGCCCACAAACUUUCGAGUGGAAAAGCAGCUGCCAGAGGAUUGGCAUUUACAAAAGGCAGUUUUCAAUAUAGCGGAGCCCUGCAAUCCUUUCAUGGCUCGCCGUUGCCUUCAGCUCUCCGUGAUGGCUCCUGUAAACGCACACUACACGCUGCUUCGGAAUGAGGUACUCAGGAUCUUCCAGGAGCUGCGUAUCUACGAGCAUUUCCGCAAGCUAAGGAACUACUUUUUUCUAUUAGACGGCCAGUUUGGCGCUUUACUCACCAGUGACAUCCUGGGAAGAAUUAAAGCGGGCAUCGAGCCGCGGAGUCUUUGCCAAAAGGGAAUCCUCGAUACCAUGUUGACCAACGCCUUGUCGGCUUGUUCAGCGGACGAGACGACGGUAUCACAAAAUCUCACUCUGAACUGCAUUAGCAUACCAGAUACGCUGAGUUUCUUGUCUGUAGAAGCCACUUCCAUGCUGAUGCUGCACUGCAAGGUGGAUUGGCCGCUGAACCUUGUGAUCAGCUCGGAAACGGUGGCCAAAUACGGGCAGAUAUUCGGAUAUCUACUGAAGCUACGUCAUGUGAGCUUUGUUUUGGAGGGAACCUAUGAGUAUUUGCAGCAAAUGGGUAAACUUCUGGGAGCAGAACUCCGGACAUGUGCACAUUUCCGGCAUUUGCAGAUAAUGCGCCACAAGUUGUCGCACUUUAUGACCUCGUUCCAGACGCAUCUGGUGGCCAAGGCCCUGCAGGCCACCUGGAAGAGUUUCAAGGAGGAGCUGUGCACCGUCGACUCCAUCGAGGGAUUGUAUAAGCAGCAUGCCGCCUACUUGAAGCGGGUUGCCUUCUUGGCACUGCUAAAUCGACGCAGUGCCAAGGUCAAAGAAACCAUCGAUAAUAUUCUUGUUAUUAUACUUCGCUUUUGCAAAGUCCUUCUGUCGCAGGCGUUUAUAAUGGACCAAGAAAAUCAGUUUGUGCAUCCCCGCUUUAAACGACUGCUGCAGGAGGAGGCCGAGUUUGAGAAAUUUAUGCAGUAUCUCAUCUAUUUGGGCAAUAAGGCGGCCACUUCUGGUUAUCAGGAGGAAAUUGGAGACCUGAUUUGUAUUAUUAAUUUUAACAACUACUACAAUGUAUCUGAGGAGAGUGCUAGGUCUUAAAUAGAAUCUCAAAACUGCUUGCAAAGAAUCUUUAAAGGGUUCCGUAGAUAGCGAAUUUCUCUUGCCAUUAAGCUGAGCUUAGAAAGAUUUUAAAUAAUAAUUCUAGGGACCUCCUUAAAUAAAAAGCACCCGAACAGCAACCCAUUACCAAAUGCAGGGAUUUAAAAAAAAUGUUUCUUGCACUUUUCUUCGUUUUAUGUUUUAACUUAAUUUAUUACUAAUUUUCGAACAAUCUGUUUUAGAAUUUAAUCAAAACAAUAUUAAAAAGCA